UUGAGGUCGUUUCGCUCUGCUCUCGCUGUUCGCGUGACCUUCGAGCAAAUUUUUAUUACCUUUUUUUUUUUAAUUAUUGUAAUAAUCUGCCAUUGAGAUUUAUACCCAUCCACAUCCUUUCUCAAUCACCCUACACGAUAAUUUGGUUGGAGGUGGAAGAAAGGUGAGCGACCUGCUACCGAGCAAGCGAACGAGAAGAAGUUUCAGGAUCAAGAGAUGGAUAGAGAAAAGAAAAGGAGAGAAAGAUGUAGAUUGCCGGGGAAGGAUCGGGUGGCCAAGAAAGGGAAGCUGACUGCUACGGAGAUCCCGGACCUUUUCUCCGACGACAGUGGCGAUUUUUUACAAAAUCCAGACACUUAUCGUCCGCUAGGUGUGUUCGAAUUCCCAUGGCAGAACGACACAGGAGCUCUAGCUCCCGAAUUGGACGGCUGCAGCCUCCGCGACGUGUUCUUCUCGUCCCUCGUAGACGGCAUCUCACCGACGAGGCUGUCGCCGAUCACCAUCCCAGGAGAGGCCGAUGAAUCCCCACUGUCUGAUGUCGACGCCGACGGUGUCGACUGCAUCUGGAGUUGCGCCCUGCGCCAGCCGCUUUCCGCCGUGUACUGCAAGACCUCCGGCGCAUGAAAAUGUAUUUUCUCCUGCAACCACUUCUUCCAUUUUUUUUUCUUUCUGUUUCUCUUAGAUUUUCCAGAAAGUUUCGAUGCCAUCCUAAACGGAAGCUGAGCAUAAAGUCUGAUCUUUAUACCAAAACUAAAUGCUUCAUAUAAUAUAUUGACACAAAAUUUAAUAUCA